AUGCAAUUGCGGAGCAGCGAAAUACAAAAGCCUGGGAAAGGUGAUUUGAUCCGUGCAUAUACUCUCCAGCACGCGGAGAGCGGCCUCGGGAAUGAUUACUUUAAGCGGAAGAACGUGAUAAGGGUACGAUUAGAAGGGGAACAGUUUCUCUUGCAGGCAGCAGAUGUACCUUCCGUUGUGGAGUGGAUAGAGGCUUUCCAUGCGGGCACAAACAUCGCACUUGACCUUGAUCAUCGUGUCAUGCCCAAAGGGCCGAUGUUCCCGAGGUAUGUUUUUUUUUGCUUGGUAUUGUAUGUUUCUCAAAUGUAUAUACAGGCGUCGACGGAGAAGGAAUCGACGACCAGCAGAUGA